AUGAAGGCUACCCUUCUAUUCUCACUUGUCUUCACAUAUACAUGGAUAAUAAAUAGCUAUCUGGUCAAUGGAUCUGUUCAUGAUGAAUCAGUAAAAUUAAUAAGCGAGGCCUAUUUCGAGGAUACACCUCCUGAUCCUCCAAUAUAUCCUCCAAGGUGGACAGCAACUGCUCAUUUCCAAUUUAUCAAUGCUUCAAAUAAUUUUCCUGCUGGUGCUGGUAUCUUAUACCAAAUAAUUGAUUCAAUUAAUCAAAAAUUUCGAGCUGAUGACCUCUAUUUUGCGGGAACAUUUCCCGUUCCCUAUGAUACUCUUUUUGCCUCAUCCACACCUCUUGAAAAAUACCUCUACUAUGCCAGUCUAACAGCAAAUGGAAUAUCCUGUGUUAUAUAUCCAGGGAAUCCAGUUACACUCUCACAAAAUUGGAUUGCAGAGUUAUGCUCGUACAAUUCGACAUUAUAUUAUCAGACAACCAAAGCUUAUCGAUGGAAUUGUGCGACGGAUGUUGUAACUUGGUUUAUUGAUACAGCAGCUGUUGAUGGACGUCUCAUUUAUCAGCAUACUCUCCCUCAACCAUUGUUUAAUGUCUAUCAAGACUUGUGGUUCACAAAUUACACUGUUAUUCUGGAAGAAAUCGACCAAACAGUUUUCAUUCCACCAAAAGGAUGGAAUUGUCCGAAUUAUGAAAGUGCCCAAUCCGUGAAGCACACAUCUUCCAUAACACUCUUAUUUAUUCCUAUACUAUUAUAUAAUCUUAAAAACAAUUAUAUUAACUAA